AUGAGUUUCCAUUUCCACAGCCGUGGGCUGCUACCAGCUGGGCCGUCCAGAAAAAGAAAGGAGCCGGCGGCUCUUAAAGCCAGUGAGCCAUCAGUUUCUUCGAAUCGGCUAUUAGCCGGGUACAUGGCUUAUGAGUUUCUGACAAAAGGGACCAUCUUGGGCCGGGAGUUUAACCCGGGUCGAGCCGAAGCAAUCCCAUCCGCCGCCGCUCAGUGGAAGAAGUCGAAGUCGGAAGCGGCGCCGCCAGAGAUCUUGAAGAAAGAGCAUCAGAUUCAGAGCUACACUGAGGUGGCGACCAUUUUGAAGACUACUGGGGGUCAUAUACCCGAAAUCGUGAACCCGACCCAACUGGGUCGGUGGCUUCAGAAGUAA